AUGCUUCUGGCGCGAAUGAAUCCACAGGUGCAGCCGGAGCUCGGCGGCCCAGACCCGGAAUGCGAGCAGCACCCCCGGGCGCACAAAGCUGCAGACCUGUUGGUGGUGAAAGAGCGGAACGGGGUCCAGUGCCUCCUGGCGUCCCGCGGCGGCGACACGCCGCCCCGGGAGACCUGGAGCAAGAAGGUCGACUUCCUGCUGUCGGUGGUCGGCUUCUCCGUGGACCUGGCCAACGUGUGGCGCUUCCCCUACCUCUGCUACAAGAACGGUGGCGGUGCCUUCCUGAUCCCGUACACCCUGUUCCUCAUCAUUGCGGGGAUGCCCCUGUUCUACAUGGAGCUGGCUCUGGGCCAAUUCAACCGGGAGGGUGCAGCCACCGUCUGGAAGAUCUGCCCGUUUUUCAAAGGAGUCGGCUACGCUGUGAUCCUCAUUGCCCUCUACGUCGGCUUCUACUACAACGUGAUCAUCGCUUGGUCUCUGUACUACCUGUUCUCCUCCUUCACCUUCAACCUGCCCUGGACCAACUGUGGCCACGCCUGGAACAGCCCCAACUGCACCGACCCCAAGCUCCUCAACAGCUCCGUGCUGGGCAACCAGACCAAAUACUCUAAGUACAAGUUCACCCCGGCAGCGGAGUUUUAUGAGAGAGGUCUGGUGGUCAUCCUGUUCUUCAGCCUCUGGAAAGGAGUGAAGACGUCAGGCAAGGUGGUGUGGAUCACGGCCACGCUGCCCUACCUCGUGCUGUUUGUGCUCCUGGUCCAUGGCAUCACGCUGCCCGGGGCCGCUGACGGCAUCAACGCCUACUUGCACAUCGACUUCCACCGCCUCAAGGAGGCCACGGUGUGGAUCGAUGCUGCCACCCAGAUCUUCUUCUCACUGGGAGCUGGGUUUGGUGUCUUGAUUGCCUUUGCCAGCUACAACAAGUUUGACAACAACUGCUACAGGGACGCCCUGCUCACCAGCACCAUCAACUGCGUCACCAGCUUCGUCUCUGGGUUCGCCAUCUUCUCCAUCCUCGGUUACAUGGCCCACGAGCACAAGGUCAACAUCGAGGACGUGGCCACUGAAGGAGCUGGACUCGUCUUCAUCCUCUACCCUGAAGCCAUUUCUACCCUAUCGGGGUCCACGUUCUGGGCUGUGGUGUUCUUCAUCAUGCUCCUGGCACUGGGCAUAGACAGCUCGAUGGGCGGCAUGGAGGCGGUCAUCACCGGCCUGGCCGAUGACUUCCAGAUCCUGAAGCGACAUCGGAAGCUCCUCACCUUCGGGGUCACCUUUGGGACCUUCCUUCUGGCCCUGUUUUGUAUAACUAAGGGCGGGAUAUACGUGCUGACUCUGCUGGACACCUUCGCCGCGGGCACCUCCAUUCUGUUUGCCGUGCUCAUGGAGGCCAUCGGGGUCUCCUGGUUUUAUGGUGUGGACAGGUUCAGCAGCGACAUCCAGCAGAUGAUGGGGUUCAAGCCGGGUCUGUACUGGAGGCUGUGCUGGAAGUUUGUCAGCCCGGCCUUCCUUCUGUUUGUGGUGAUCGUGAGCAUCAUCAACUUCAGGCCUCUCACCUAUGACGACUACGUCUUCCCGCCCUGGGCCAACUGGGUCGGGUGGGGAGUGGCGCUCUCCUCCAUGACGCUGGUGCCCACCUACAUCCUCUACAAGUUCCUCAGCAUGAGGGGCUCCCUCUGGGAGAGACUGGCCUAUGGCAUCACGCCAGAGAACGAGCACCACCUGGUGGCCCAGAGGGACGUCCGGCAGUUCCAGCUGCAGCACUGGCUGGCCAUCUGACCCCUGCCCUGAGGAGGAACCCGCCACCAGCGUGCAGGUCCCGGGCUUCUGCUCCGCUCCUGCCCUGGCACUGUCUUGGGAUUCCUCUCCUGGAAGACGCCCUCCCCAGCCCUC